AAAUGGAUGUUCUACCCAUGUGCAGCAUCUUUCAAGAACUUCAAAUAGUUCACGACACGGGCUAUUUCUCAGCCUUACCGUCACUGGAGGAGUACUGGCAGCAGACAUGUUUGGAGUUGGAGCGCUACCUGCAGAGCGAGCCUUACGUCUCCACAUCCGACCUCAAGUUCGACGGCCAGGAAGACCUCUGGAGCAAGCUGAUCUUGGCCUGCGGGGAUAAGGCCAAGGCCGAAUCUGACCCAAAGCUGGCCCCGGCCCACGAGGAGGACAAUCAGGACAGCCAAAUCUUGGACACCAACAGUGUGAAUUCAGACGCCAGCAGCGAGGCUUCAGACAGUUCUGAGGAGCUCUCGCCCACGCACAGCUUUACCUCCAACCCUCUGGGCUCUGUCUUGGUUGGUUCUGGACCUUUUAGCCCCUCCGUCAUUAGCACUCCCCCGUCCUCACCGGAGGCCAACUCGGAGCCCGGCGCCGUGACAAACGGCUGGGUCGCCACGCACACCGAGUUGCACUUGCCAGUCAAAAUUAGGAGCGGCGGGGUGGCAAAGACUUCGGAAAAGACGGGAAUCAUCUGCGGGGACGCGUCUCCAGACGGCAGGAGGCGAGUACACAGGUGUCACUUCAACGGUUGUCGCAAGGUUUACACGAAGAGCUCCCACCUUAAAGCACACCAGCGCACUCAUACAGGUGAGAAACCAUACAGGUGUUCAUGGGAAGGCUGCGAGUGGCGUUUUGCACGAAGCGACGAGCUGACCAGACACUUCAGGAAGCACACUGGGGCAAAGCCAUUUAAAUGCAGUCACUGUGACAGAUGUUUCUCCAGGUCUGACCAUCUGGCUCUUCACAUGAAGAGGCACAUCUAGAGCAGGGCGAGCACCAACCAAGCAACACAGCGAAGGGGAAAGUUUUUUUUAAAAAGAAAAAAAAACAAACGCCGUCUCCCGACCAGUCUCUUGGUUGAACUGUCCCAGAGCAGAGUGGCGGGAGUGUGUUCCAGCCAAAGCAUGCCGUUUUGCACCAUACUGAAACCCAGUGCCUCCGGGACCUCUCUUUGGAGAAAGGCGCUCUGAAGGUUGUCUGUUGCGACGAGAGGACAAAAUCAUGGAUGGGAAAGAAUUUGUUCUGAUUUGAGAAGGACUUACAACACACGAAAAAAGACAAAAAAAAAAAAAAAGAUAAAAGACACACAAACAAAAAGAGUGAAUGAUCUGUAUGUAUGGUGCAUGAUGUUUUGGGGACAUCUCCCGGACAGCAGAUACACUGGUACUUUACAAAACUGUCUGAGGUAAGCAUGUGUGCACUGUGAAUGUCUGAGAUUGGCCGACCGGCCCCCUGGAAGGAGAGAAGUCAGGAGGAUUUUUCAGAGAAGCGAUGGAUUGGUGGAUGGUGCGGGGCUGGUACCAAUGUUGCUGUGGACUGAAUGGGUUUCUGGGGGAAACAGUCCACUUGUGUUUCCCCGGUGGCAGUGUGAGGAUGAGGCAGGGAGGAAGUCCCUGCCUGUCUGUCUGUCUGGCACCCAGACUGGGGUGGGGUGGGGGAUGGGGG